AUGGAUUGGAUAUGCGGCAAACGGGAGUGGCCGGAUGUCGUGGAUGACAUCAAACCGCCUCGUGCGCAGUGCGAGAACCUGCGAUCGCCGAAGGGCUCCGGGAUCCGAGAGGGCGAGUUCUGCAUUUGUAGCUACUACUACUACUACUACUACUACUACUACUACUACUACUACUACUACUACUACUACUACUACUACUACUACUACUACUACUACUACUACUACUACUACUACUACUACUACUACUACUACUACUACUACUACUACUACUACUACUACUACUACUACUACUACUACUACUACUACUACUACUACUACUACUACUACUACUACUACUACUACUACUACUACUACUACUACUACUACUACUACUACUACUACUACUACUACUACUACUACUACUACUACUACUACUACUACUACUACUACUACUACUACUACUACUACUACUACUACUACUACUACUACUACUACUACUACUACUACUACUACUACUACUACUACUACUACUACUACUACUACUACUACUACUACUACUACUACUACUACUACUACUACUACUACUACUACUACUACUACUACUACUACUACUACUACUACUACUACUACUACUACUACUACUACUACUACUACUACUACUACUACUACUACUACUACUACUACUACUACUACUACUACUACUACUACUACUACUACUACUACUACUACUACUACUACUACUACUACUACUUAGUGCUAUGA